AUGACUCCAUAUGAAAAAGCCUUUGGGAAGAAACUAUAUAUCGGUAAUCUAUUUCUCUUCGGAUCUAAGGCAUAUGUUAAAAUCGACACCAAGAAAAGCGACAAAAUGGCUCUAUGUGCCCAAAUUGGAUUCUUAGUCCAAGGUCCUAGUAGAUUAAAAGUUAUACGAGUUCGAGACGUAGUCUUUGAUGAGACUAAGAAAUAUAACCCUGAUUAUCCAUUUGCAAAAGAAAUUGUCAAAGAGGGUAUAACCAAAUAUAUUAGCAAUAUCGACAUACUGAACAUUGACGAAGCAGACCCCAAUAUUGUAUUCGACUCAGUUGAUAACGAUAUGAGGCUACAGCAAUUCUCUGUUAGCCUAGGAAAAAUGAUGACAGGAGGUAGCACGUCACCUUAUGAGCAUGCGAAUAUUGAGCAGCCAACUCAGCCCUUGGAUAUGCCACAGAAUAUGGAAAUCGACAGUACAUCGACUGAGUCAGUUGAACAGACUCAGAUUCCACAGGAGAUGGAAAUUGAUACUCCAACUGAGCCAGGAAAUAUGGAAAUUGACGGAAAUAGAACAAAUCAAGCGCAAGUUGAUAAUCGUGAGAAUUCCAUGAUGGAAAUUGGCUCAGCUGGGGGGGUGGAGGAUAAGAAUGAGGAUAAGAAUAAGGACAAAGUCGAUGUCAUGGAGAAGGAAGCCGAGGAUGAGGAUAUUCCCAAAUUAGAUGGAAAAACUAAUAAUCCGACCAAUCAGCCUCGCCAAUUAUCAAAUCCUGAGAGAGAUUCUGCUAGUCAAAACGCUUCAAAUUAG